AUGGCUUACAUUUUUUUGCGGUUCUGGCUGAUGCUCAUGUGCCCAGUUGGAGUACUUAGUUCCUCAGUUCCCGUCGUAAAACGCAGCGAGGGGCUGGACGUUGCAGGCUCUCUUCUCAGAUCUGUAGGAGCAGUCCUGAUCAAGGGAGGUGGGCAGAUUCCGACCGCCAAGGAGUUUGAGACUUUGGCAGUUUCAACCUGGCAGGCAGCAGGUUUUCCAGGCCUUGAGCUUGGGAACUACAACAAGUUUGGCACAGUCAAGCGCUCGAUGGUGAGUGAAGGGAUCUAUGAUGUUGCUGCGGGGGCUCCUGCACACCUGCCAGUCUCACCCCACAGCGAGCAGGCAUACCUUCACCAGGUCCCACGCUUUUGCAGUUUUGUUUGCAUGCGGCCGGCAGAAGUUGGUGGUGAGCUGCAGCUCUUCGACAAUGUCAUGCUGGGCACAGCGCUUGGGAACCUCACAGACAAGUUUGCGAAGCUUGGUCUUACAUACUUCCGUGUGAUGGGCGAUCAGAUCCACUCAGCGAACUGGAGCUAUGCCACAGGCAUGUGGCAGGACAGGUUCGGCACUCCCAGCUGGGCAGAGGCAAAGCGCCUUGCGCGGGCCGACGCCAUGAUGGGCGGUAGCUCUGGUGCCGAGCUUGGUCCUGGACCAGAAGGAACUGUUGUGCUGAACUGGACGGUGCCAGCGGUGACCUGGAUCAACACCACGUCUAGUUCUGGGGUGAAGCCUGUCCGGGCUGUGCUGCAGUCCAUCCUGGACAGCCACAAAUCUGUCAAUUAUGGCACAGGCAUUCCUGCAUUGCACUCGACUUGGGGGGAUGGCACUGAGUUCGAUGACUUGGAGCUGGAGGCCUUGCGGGCUGCAGUUGCGCAGUCACAGUGGGCUUCCCUGAAGCUGGAGGAGGGAGAUGUUGUGGUUGUGGACAACUGGCAUUACGCGCACGGAAGGUCUCCAUAUGAAGGGCAGCGAAAGCAUGCUGCAUUAAUCAGCGACCGAUUUCCCCGCAACGUGAAGUCAGCGCAAGAGGCAUGCGUUUGA